GUAUUUCUGGUUUAUGUGGUGAUCGAAUUUUCAAUUUUUUUACUGAGUAUCUAGGUUGAGGAACGUAAUUUCAAGCUGCGAUCGGCUUUUUCCCCUGAACGAGCAAACACAGGUUGUGGGUUCGAGUUAGCAAGGGACGUCUAAUCUCAACUACAAUCCAUUAUGGGGCUUGAUGAAAGUCAGCAGUCUGAUCCAUUGGUUGUGAUACGCAAUGGAAAGGAGAUCAUAUUGCAGGCAUUCGACUGGGAAUCUCAUAAACAUGAUUGGUGGAUAAAUUUAGAUACGAAAGUUCCUGAUAUUGCAAAGUCUGGUUUCACAACUGCUUGGCUGCCUCCGGUGUGUCAGUCAUUGGCUCCUGAAGGUUACCUUCCACAGAACCUUUAUUCUCUCAAUUCUAAAUAUGGUUCUGAGGAUCUCUUAAAAGCUUUACUUAAUAAGAUGAAGCAGUACAAAGUUAGAGCGAUGGCGGACAUAGUCAUUAACCAUCGUGUUGGGACUACUCAAGGGCAUGGCGGAAUGUACAACCGCUAUGAUGGAAUUCCUAUGUCUUGGGAUGAACAUGCUAUUACAUCUUGCACUGGUGGAAGGGGUAACAAAAGCACUGGAGACAACUUUAAUGGAGUUCCAAAUAUAGAUCAUACACAAUCCUUUGUCCGGAAAGAUCUCAUUGACUGGAUGCGGUGGCUAAGAUCCUCUGUUGGCUUCCAAGAUUUUCGUUUUGAUUUUGCCAAAGGUUAUGCUUCGAAGUAUGUAAAGGAAUAUAUCGAGGGAGCUGAGCCAAUAUUUGCAGUUGGAGAAUACUGGGACACUUGCAAUUACAAGGGCAGCAAUUUGGAUUACAACCAAGAUAGUCACAGGCAAAGAAUCAUCAAUUGGAUUGAUGGCGCGGGACAACUUUCGACUGCAUUCGAUUUUACAACAAAAGCAGUCCUUCAGGAAGCAGUCAAAGGAGAAUUCUGGCGUUUGCGUGACUCUAAGGGGAAGCCACCAGGAGUUUUAGGAUUGUGGCCUUCAAGGGCUGUCACUUUUAUUGAUAAUCACGACACUGGAUCAACUCAGGCGCAUUGGCCUUUCCCUUCACGUCAUGUUAUGGAGGGCUAUGCAUACAUUCUUACACACCCAGGGAUACCAUCAGUUUUCUAUGACCAUUUCUACGAAUGGGAUAAUUCCAUGCAUGACCAAAUUGUAAAGCUGAUUGCUAUUCGGAGGAAUCAAGGCAUACACAGCCGUUCAUCUAUAAGGAUUCUUGAGGCACAGCCAAACUUAUACGCUGCAACCAUUGAUGAAAAGGUUAGCAUGAAGAUUGGGGACGGAUCAUGGUGCCCUGCUGGGAAAGAGUGGACCCUCGUGACCAGUGGCCAUCGCUAUGCAGUCUGGCAGAAGUAAUCUUGCAGCUAUUCCGUUACUUAAUAUAUUAGUCGAAAUAUAUAUGUUUUAAACCCGAGCACCUACUUCUAAUACUAGAUCCGCCUCUACAGGCUUGGAUGGAGUGAUGAGUUUUUUUUUCCUGUUCAUUAGACAUUGCAACAUGGGAUGUAGUUUUGGUAAUAAAAGUGUUCUUGAUCAAUGCAAUGUAA